CUGGAGAUGAGAAGGGUGUUGUUGUUUGUGGUGGUGGUGGUGGGUGCUAGUGGAGAGUGUGUGUUGGUCUGCGUGUGAGUUGACUUUACACCUGCUCGGCUGCCUCCUCUUGGACCAUGGAGUUUAGAUGGCUCCUCUUUGUUCUUAUUUCUUCUUCAGCGAUGCUCAUCACCCAAUCUGACACGACCACUAAAGACCCUGACUGGAGUGAUGUUGUCGUAACAAUGGUUGGCAGGGAAGUCACCUUACCCUGUGUUGAUUGGCCUCUCACGGGCUCUGUGAGCAUUAAUUGGAAGAUGAAGUCUCCCGGGGUGGACCACUGGAAACUGGUCCUCUCAGCCAAUGAGAGGCAGCAGUUCUCGGGCGCAGCCUCAAAGGCUUCCAUGCAAUUGGUUGACUCAAACUUUCAGGAAACUGGGGACUUCUCUCUACUGUUUGUCCCCAAAAUGGAGGACAAGGGUCGCUACUCCUGUCUGAUUAAACAGCAAGAGAAGAAACUGAGAGAGAAGAUCAUACUAUUAGCCAUCCUCACAGUCUCUAUCUUUCCUUCAGCCACUCUCCCUCACCACAGCACACUGCGUCUGAUGGCAGAAGUGUCCCCCAUCUCCGCCGUUUCCGAGGUAACCUGGCUGUCCCCUGGCGGGACGCCGCUACGAUUGGCAAGGAGGUCAGGGGGGGGUGUUGCCAAGCUGCCCCAGAUACGCCUCACUGACCAGGGGGUAUACAUCUGCCAGGUGUACCCAAGGGGUAACAGCAGCUCCCCUAUGUUCCCCUUCACUGUGGACCUCCGUGUGGAUGGUAUGAAUGUAGCCUCGUUCACCAAUAUAAGCCAUAGUGCUCAGAUCUCUAUGGCCAGUCUCACCCAGACCCCUCUCACCCUCGCCUGCCCUCCGAUGCGGGGCGACUAUGUCCUGCUCUAUUGGAAGCCCCCAGACAGCAGAAACAUCAACACCACAACCCUGGUCUACGAGUAUGACCGCUGGAGGGACCGCACAGAGCAGAGCAAGACUCAUGCCCAGCUGAGCCUGGACGGGCCUUUGUCUACCCCAAAAGAGGGUUUCUUCUCCUUCCUGCUGAGCCCGGGGCUGAAUGACGGAGGCCUCUACAUGUGUGAGGUCUUCCUCAAUGACAACGCGUUCAGCCAGAGGACCCUGCUUAGCAUCCUCCAAGUGAAAGCCAGACAUUCUCCAUCAGCCCUGGUCCUGACGUGUCAUUAUACAGAGCGCUCCCAGGUGAAGCGGGUGGUGUGGAGCCACCAGAACCAGAGUCGCACGCUGAAGUGGAGCUCCUCUGGCCCGGGUCACCUCAGCACCGAGGUCCCCCUGUCCCCCACCCAGGACACGGCUGGGAACUACACCUGCACCAUGCAGCUGCAGAACGGACAGGCGGUCAAGGCUGUUUACACCGUCAAACUGCCCCCGAAAGAGAACACAGAGAGCACUACUUCCAUCUCUCCUCCUCACCCAGAGAGCAACAGUGCCUCGCUCCUUCCCUCCCUCCUCUCUGCUUUAUUACUCCUGGUGCCCCUGGUUGCCACGGUUGCUGGUGUGUUGCUAUGGAGACAGAAAGACAUUUCUCGCCGUGGUAUUGAACAGUCUCUCUCCCACUACUCUGGGGAAGUGGAAAAUAUCUAUGAGAAUCCUGAGGAUGUCAGACAGACUUCUCCCCAGGGUUCAGUGUGGUUAUUGAACACUGUUUUCUCUCCUCUCUCCCUAUAGACUUCUCCCCAGGGUUCAGUGUGGUUAUUGAACACUGUUUUCUCUCCUCUCUCCCUAUAGACUUCUCCCCAGGGUUCAGUGUGGUUAUUGAACACUGUUUUCUCUCCUCUCACCCUAUAGACUUCUCCCCAGGGUUCAGUGUGGUUAUUGAACACUGUUUUCUCUCCUCUCUCCCUAUAGACUUCUCCCCAGGGUUCAGUGUGGUUAUUGAACACUGUUUUCUCUCCUCUCUCCCUAUAGACUUCUCCCCAGGGUUCAGUGUGGUUAUUGAACACUGUUUUCUCUCCUCUCUCCCUAUAGACUUCUCCCCAGGGUUCAGUGUUGUUAUUGAACACUGUUUUC